AUGGGCAUCUCGGCGAAGUGGCUCAGGUCAUUAGUUGCGUUGAGGAAGGUGGAGCGGCAGCAGCGGCAUCGUAAGGAGGAUGCAGAUGUUGGAGUUGGACCUGGACGAAUGGAAGCACAUCCAGAAUCUAACAAAAGAGUUCUUGCGAUAGUUGAUGCUCUUGAGAAAUUGGAGCUUAGUCCCGAGCAUCGUGGUUCACAGGUUCUUGAAAUUCAAAAUUUCAACUCUACUUCCCUAGAUGAUGUUGCACGUGUUCAUUCAAGAUCUUACAUCACUGGACUCGAAAAUGUACCUGUCAUCACGCUGUCCUUAUUUAUUCUUACUUUUCUGAUAAGAAGUUGCUUUUCUCUACCGGUGAAAACCUAUUAG